AUGCACAUGACAAAUACUAUUACAGGGAGCUCGCUUUUCCUUUGUCCACUCAUCCUAAUAGCAUCAGACUUUAUGGUGUCGAUGCAUGCUGGUCGGGCGUCUCGGGAGAAGCUCAUUUCAUCGACUGCAGCUAUCAGGCUCAAUAAUUACAGCAGGAAAGGCCACCAACAAGGGUCUGCACAGGCGAGCAACAGGCUUACUAAUUCGAAGCCAACAAGGAGCUUUCUUAUUUCUAGGAUAUACCGGCAGUGA